AUGUUGGCCAAAGCGGAGUCCAACUUCAAGCUUUUCCCAAGUGGCCCUUUUACUCCUGCUCCUCCACCAGCUGCCCACAGAGGCCCAGAAGUGUCAGAGAACCCCUGGAUCAUCAGCACCAAGAGCCAGGACUUGAAGGAAGGACACAUUUGUUCUCACGCGAGUCUACCUGGUUUUGGACUUCGGAAAUGUGGGCAGAAAAAGAGUAAUGUAGAGAAAGAAGAUACCAGACAGGAGCAAAAGGAAACGCAAAAGACCCCGAGGUUUGGAACAGGACACAAGAGUGAACAAAAAUUGAAGGUCUGGGAACCUGUUUCUCACCUCUGGCCAGGGGGUUCCUCUGAAACCCUGCUGGUGAAGAUCAAAGGCCAGCUCUCUGGCCUGCACUGCCACCUGCAGGUCGCAGAUAUCAAGAAAGUCAACAACUUGAUCAGAGAACAAGACUUAUAUGCUUUGAAAUCUAUUAAAAUUCCAGUGAAAAAUCAUGGGAUCUUUACAGAGACCCACAGAGAACUCAGACCCCUCCUGAGCCCAUCCUCAGAGACCAGAGUGACCUUCGAGGAGCAGCGAGACCCAGAUAGAGCAGCUGUAGGCGCUGGUGCCCUCUCCAGCCCACUGACAGAUUUCUUUAAGGGCAUUGACGAGAAUAUUGAGCGCGCGGUGCAGUCAGAAAUCUUUUUAAAUGAAAGUUACUCGGCAGAGACCUCCAAUCAGCCGCUGCUCCCGACUUCUCCAAAGACCCCCACGAAGGGUGCCGACUGUGGAAUUCAGUGGUGGAAUGCCGUUUUUAUCAUGCUUCUAAUUGGGAUUGUUUUACCAGUGUUUUACUUGGUCUAUUUUAAAAUACAAGCUACUGGCAAGAUCCCCAGUAGCUUGAACACAACUGCUGUCCCCAAUGGCUCGAUGAGCGUGAGUGCAGUUCCAGGGCAAGCCCCCAGAUUAGCAGUUCCAGUGCCAACUGUCCCCUCUGCAGACAGCCAGUUCAGUCAAACCACCCAGGCAGGGAACUAGCUCUUGUUUCUAAAGAAUCAGGCCAGUGUGAGCAUUUGGCCUCUUAAUGUGGAUCACCUGACAUCAGUCAUAUCCUAGGGUGCUGCCUUUCCUUUUCUAUGACCUACGGACAUGUCUCAGAAGCCGCCCUUGUAUUCUCCAGGAACAUUUGACCCUGGGGAAUAGGCUGACCUAAUCCAAGGCUGUGGGAGCCAAAACAUGCGCUCCCCUGCUAUCCCCCUACAUCCAGAGGUACAGUAAGGGACAUUUGCAUGUGACACAUGCUAUUUCUUGAAGGUAUAUAGUGGACUGGCACUGCAUGGGCCCCCAAGUUGGAAGUGUUUGGAAGUUGAGGAGCAGCAUUGGACCUUCACUGUGGGAGCCUCUGACGUCAGCUUUGGUCACUUUGCUGUUUGCAGUGUCUUCUGCCGUGACACGUGGUGCUCUUUGUCUCCCUGACAAAGGUGCUGUCCAGCAGUGGUGAAUAUCACCCUGUUUUGGAGUAUGACCGAAUUAUAAUUAGCUCUAUUUCAUAUUUGUCCCACCAGUUAGCCUUUUUGAGGCAACGUCACUUCUAGGAUCAAAAAAGGCCUGAAUCUGAAUUGCUCUAAUACUGAAUAAAUGGCAGGUGUGUACCUUAUACUUCUAGAACUACUUAAGGGUACACAGGCCUGCUUUAAGCUGCUGCAUGGUAUGGCCAGCACUUCCUGGCUAGAUCAUUUGGAGCUUUUGCUCAGUUUCUUCUGAAGAGCAUCCCCACUGCAGUGGCUAAUCAGAUUUCCCAAGUUAGCAUUUUUGGGAAGAGUUCUUGCUGCCCAGUGCCUGGAGCUGAGUAGGUGUAGAGAGAAAGAGGAGUGCCUAUCGCCAGGGUCUCAACAUGUGGCACAUCUAAGGCCAGACAGUCAAUGCCAGUCGCCAGUCUGGCAUUCCAGAGAGCAGCAGCCCCUGGAGGUACUUGGAAGGGAGAUACAGGGAGAAUGGGCGUGCUUCCUGCUGCUUCCCUGACUCUAAUCUUGGGAAGUCUAGAGCCGUUGCCCCAGAAUCAGGCUCAGUGUUUUUCUUUGUCUAAAUACACUUUAUAUAAUGUAGCUCAUAAUGUUAAAAGACCAAACCACAAGCUCCCAUCAGCCGGAGGUUUUCCCAUCUACACAGCAGGUGUCUGCUGUAACAUGCUGGAGGCUCAAGGGAGGCCUGGGUCAGCCUCAGGCCUUGCAGGUGGAGCAGGGGUACAUGAGGUGAGGGUGAAGGCCUGUUUGGCUGGAGCCCAUCUUGGUCCCAUGGAAGGGUGGAAAUGGGCUUACAUGGUUCAGAGGAGCCUGCCUUCAGGGAGGAAGACCGCACAAAUGCUGAGCUUGGAGGUGGUUUAUGUCCCUGGACACAUCAGGCCUAGAGAUGAACUGGGAAGAUUUCUUCAAGUAAGAGGAAGGGAGUGUGGUGGCAAGAGUGCUUGAAAUGGGCUUCUCAUUUUUCUCCUCUCAGCUGUGUGGGGAACGAUUUGCCCUGGGUUCAGUUGGUUGGUAAACUUAAAGUAUCUUCAGAAGGAAAUCCUUUCUUCAAAACCAAAAUGGUCGUCAGGAUAAAAUGAACUUGUGGAUCUUUGCUACAGGAACUGCUUUGAUCAUGUGAAUGUUUUCCAGCCAGAAGUGUGCGCUCACUGUGCCCCUGGAGGCUGCAGGUUUCUCUAAUGUAUCAUUAACUUCACCAGGCAGAGCCUAGAGACCCACGGGGAAAUGGCUUUUGCCGGGCAAAGAAUAAAUAUAUGUAUCUCUUACUUUAAAAAAAUGGAAUAAAAUAAUUUCUUCUGUGAAGAAAAAUUGAGGAUUCUUUUUUUUUUUUUUUUCAAUGGGGGUGGUAAUUCAGAAUUAAAAGAUGUGUGACAAUGUUGGAGAACAUGGAGGUGCCCCUGUCCAGGGGUGUCCCCCCAGGGCUUGUGCUGCUCAAGGUCGAACAGGUGAAGAACAGAAGUGGUAAACCAGCAGGGUCUCACUGAUUGGUCUGUACAAUGUGCUUUAAAGUGGUUUUGUUUAGUAUACACAAGAGAUACCAUGAAGCUUGUUUUCUACACAUUUUACUACAUUUAUAGUG